AUGGAGCGUAUUUUGAACCACCGCGACGUGAACGGCGUCAUGACAAGUAAACUCGUCCUCUGGAACGGCUAUACACCGGCGCGGGACAGCUGGGAGCCUCGUAUCCAGCUGAUUGUUGAUGUCCUUGGUAUCGUCGAGCAAUACGACGAACGGAGGCAGGAGGCGCCGGCUUUGACGGAAGUACCUGUCGCACGUGGUGACUCACCACAUGGAGGAUUCACGACAACAGGCGACGAAUCGCCUGCUGCUGAGGCAUGA